AGCUUAACCUCCACCACACGUCGUCUGUCGCCGUCAUUGUCAUUUCAAUCCGAACCCGAGAAUUAUUGGAGUACUCUUUGCGCCGUUUACCGAACGAAACUAUCUCGCGAUAUUUUCGUUGUCAUAUGGAAACCCCCCCUUCAUUCCCAAGUCCAAAACCGAAGUGACUGCGGGCGGUGGGGUUUAGCAAUUACAAUGCGAUGGCAACUUUCCACGCCGGGCUCUCGUCUGGCACCAGCCCCAACGAUGCCAUGGGGCUGAAUGUCGCCUCCAUGACGGGUGCUGGCCUCGGCAUCGAGGGUUUCGAUCAGGAACUGACCUUUGAUGAGUCGAUGCUCGAUAACGUGAAUGGCGGCUUACCUAUACCUUUCACGUCAUCAUACGACUUCGACACCUUCUCCACCACAUUCGAGGACCCGUUUAACUACUCGCGACCUUAUGAAGCCGCGCCCGACCCAGAGACGUAUCAAGAUGAGGAGUCGUCGCCGCAGCAGCUCGACGAUAAGCUGUUGGGCUUCUCUGCGCCCGUGCUCAAAGCGACGCCAUUAGACGACACAACUGGCACCUUCUCGGAGCUGAGCAUGACGGCCGAGCUCUACGGCAUGUUCUUCGUGGCCGAAGACGUAUUCGGCCCCGGCGAGACGAGCGGGCGGCCGCUGGAGCUGACAUGCUACCGGCGGAACCUGUGGCAGUGUUCGGGCCAAAUCAUGCUCCCGCGGCAUUGCACACAAGUCAUGGAUGAGCAGGGCUGCGCCGUGCCCAUAGUCGAGUUUUACGCUUCGAUAUCGGCCAUCGAGUCCAUCGAGGGGAAGACGACGGAGAUCAUCUCCAUCCCUUGGAAGAGCAGCAAUGGGGCCCUGGGCGAGGUGCAAGAGACCAAGACGCCCCAGGCGCCGCCGAAAGCUACUCUUGACCUCGGCGGAGGCCAGGAAGUCGACGGCGAUCGAGUCAGCGUGCCCAUUUCUUGGAAACGCCUACAGUUCAAAUCGGCCACGGCGAAUAACGGCCGCCGGAAGGGCCUGCAGCAACACUAUCUGGUCCAGAUCAACCUCCUCGGCAAGCCGAAAGCCGGAGGCGACCUGAUGCAAAUUGCAGAGAUUCACAGUGGCCCCGUCAUUGUCCGGGGCCGCAGUCCGAGAAACUUCGACAGCAGGAAGGACGUCCCCCUGUCGGCCGACAAAAAGUCGGGCAGUGUGGAACGCACCACCAAUACCCGCCCGCAGAACGAGGUCUCGGCAUCCCCCGCCCCGAACAUGAAGCAAGAGCGGACCGACCCAGCGCAGAACCUGCACCGCUAUCACUCCCUCGGGAAUGCUCAGAACUCAUCCGGCUCGAGUGACUGGUCAACGCCUGCAUUCGGUGGUCAGCAAGGCCAGCAGUGCCAGCAACAUCAAUCUAAGAAAAUGGCCGUCUCUCCCAAUGUGAACAGGCCACCCGUUCCGUCCUGGGGCAAGGAGUCCUCAUCUUUCACUGGCAAGUUGCCGACGCUGGAGCGACACGCCAAGAGCUCAUCCUCUGUUCCUUCACUACCCAUCAAUUUAUCCCUAUCCGAAGACGAGCGCAGCCCCAACAACCGCUCCAAUGCAGACGCGCUGCAGAGCCCGCAGUUGAACCGGUCAAAUGCGGCACAGUAUGGCGGCAGUCCGUCCGAGGAGACGGAGCAGCUGUAUGAAUAUUUCCCGUUGAGUGUGGAUGACUGGACACCUCUCGUGGAUACUGUGUACAGACCUCACAUUGUACACCACAUUGCGCUUCCGUCCGAGAUCAAGGCCCAAAAAGUGAGGAGUAAGGCCAAGAGAUAUUUCUCUGCAGAAUGAUGAUGUGAUGAUACGCAAGUGGAUUGGUUGAUUUACUCCGGCCAUGUUGCAACUUGGGUGCUCCAAUGAGCCUCAACAACAACGCGGUCGAGGCUCGUGCCGGCAGGCAUGAAUUUGGCGUUAAUUACAUUUGGGUUGGAUAUAGAGCACACGAUACCAACGUGUCCUAUGGUAUUUGUUGCAGUAGUUGAUGCACCGGAACUUGGUGGAAUA